GCCGCUCCUCCAGCGCCGGCCCUGCGUUUUCAACGGCGAGCCCGGGGAGAGCGCGGAAGGCAGCCUCAAGGAGGAGACCCUGUAUGAUACCAUCAGGACCCCCGCCGCCGCCGGCACCGGCCCUUGCACCGACAAGCUGGCCUCGCCGCCGGGGCGGAUGGACGAGCCGGCGCCCAAUGCCCUUGUCGUUCGCAUCGGCAUCCCAGACCUCCAGCAAACGAAGUGUCUGCGGCUGAACCCUGAUGUCCCGGUCUGGGUCUCCAAGCAACGCAUCCUCUGCACCUUGAACCACAGCCUGAAGGACGUGCUGAACUAUGGCCUCUUCCAGCCAGCCUUCAACGGCAGAGCUGGGAAGUUCCUGGAUGAAGAGCGCCUGCUGAGGGAGUAUCCCUUGAACCCGGACACCCCGGUCCCUUACCUGGAGUUCCGGUACAAGAGGCGAGUCUACAUCCAGAGCCUGCUGGACGACAAGCAGUUUGCCAAGUUGCACACCAAGGCAAAUCUGAAGAAGUUCAUGGAGUAUGUGCAGACGCUGAACGUGGAGAAGGUCAGCAGGUUGCUUGAGAAGGGAUUGGACCCCAACUUCCAUGACCCGGACACUGGAGAAUGCCCCCUGACGAUGGCCGCCCAGCUGGAGUACUGUGUCGAAGUGAUUAAAGCCCUGAAGAAUGGAGGCGCCCACCUGGACUUCAGGACGCGGGAAGGAAUGACAGCUCUCCACAAAGCAGUCCGGUGCUGGAAUCACACUGCCCUGAUGACGCUGUUAGACCUGGGUGCCUCUACAGAUUACAAGGACAGCCGUGGAUUAACGCCUCUGUACCACAGUUCCAUGGUUGGAGGAGACCCCUACUGCUGUGAGCUACUCCUGCACGACUAUGCCAAGGUGGGCUGCAUAGAUGAAAACGGCUGGCAAGAAAUCCACCAGGCCUGCCGCUAUGGGCACGUUCAACACCUAGAACACCUCCUUUUCUACGGGGCUGACAUGACAGCACAGAAUGCCUCCGGGAACACUGCUCUCCACGUCUGCGCUCUCUACAACCAGGAGAGUUGUGCCCGGGUUCUUCUGUUCCGUGGUGCAAGCAAGGAUAUUCGGAACUACAACAGCCAGACGGCAUUCCAGGUGGCCAUCAUUGCGGGGAAUUUUGAACUGGCUGAAAUCAUCAAAACCCAUAAAGAGUCCGACGUUGUGCCUUUCAGAGAAACUCCUAGUUACACGAAGAGGAGGCGGAUCAUCAGCGUGGGCGGCCUCUCCUCCCCCCGCCUGCUGCAGCGGUCUGCUAGCGACAACAAUUUGAAGUCCGAGAGCCGCCCGUCCUACUCCCCAGUGCCCUCGCUCCGUGGCCUACCCCAACAGCUGCUGGCUCAGAUGCAAGAAGCAGCUGUCGGGGUGGGGGACAGUAGCCUGGUGAGCACGGGCAGCUCCCGGAGCACUCACAGCCGCUCCCCAUCACUGCAGCGUGUGCAGGAAGAGAAGGAGGCCGACGGCCACACACUCAGGAGAAGCAGCCGCGGGAAGGCCAGCCCCAGCGGGAGCGGGAGCGGGCCUGGGGGGGCGCCGGGCGCCGGGCCGGGCGUGGAACCCACCCCGCACGCCGCGCCGGCCCCGCUGCGAGGCCCCAAGAGGAAGCUGUACAGCGCCGUGCCCGGCCGCAAGUUCAUCGUCGUGAAGAGCUACACGCCGCAGGGCGAGGGCGAGAUCCAGCUCAACCGCGGAGAGGCCGUCAAGGUGCUCAGUAUUGGAGAAGGAGGCUUUUGGGAAGGAUCAGUGAAAGGGCGGACCGGCUGGUUCCCAGCAGAAUGUGUUGAGGAGGUGCAGAUGCGACAGUACGAUCCACGGCAAGAAACGAGAGAAGACAGGACCAAAAGGCUCUUCCGACACUACACUGUGGGCUCGUACGACAACUUCACUUCUCACAGUGACUACAUCAUAGAAGAGAAAGGAGCCGCCCUGCAGAAGAGGGAGCAUGAAGGGUUCGGCUUUGUCCUGCGAGGGGCCAAAGCGGAGACUCCAAUUGAGGAGUUCACCCCGACGCCAGCUUUCCCGGCUCUCCAGUACCUGGAAUCCGUGGACGUGGAGGGUGUGGCCUGGCGAGCAGGACUGCGCACGGGAGACUUCCUGAUUGAGGUGAAUGGUGUGAACGUGGUGAAGGUGGGUCACAAGCAAGUGGUGUCGCUCAUCCGCCAGGGGGGGAACCACCUGGUGAUGAAAGUGGUCUCUGUCAGCCGCAAGCCAGAGUCAGAGGACAUUGUUCGGAAAAAAGCCCCACCACCACCCAAGAGGGCCCCCAGCACGACGCUCACCCUGCGCUCCAAGUCCAUGACCGCCGAGCUUGAGGAGUUGGAGAAGUUGGAUGAGAUCCUGGCAGCUGCCGAGCCCUCGCUGAGAGCAGACAUUGUGGAAGCAGAUUCCAGGGCAGCCACUGUGAAGCAGAGACCGACCAGCCGGCGAAUCACUCCUGCGGAGAUCAGUUCACUGUUUGAGCGGCAGGGGAUGGCAGCACACGCUGGGCCAGAGAAACCCCACAUUUCCCUACGCAAAGGAAUCCCACGGACAAAAUCUGUAGGUGAAGAUGAGAAAUUUGCCGCUUCCCUAAUGGAUGGGAAAUUUCCACGGAGUACGUCAAUGCAAGAUACUGUCAGAGAAGGGCAUGGCAUCCCACCCCCUCCUCAGACCGCUCCUCCCCCUCCGCCCUCCCCAUAUUAUUUUGACACAGGCCCACCCCCGUCCUUCUCCCCGCCUCCUCCCCCAGGAAGAGUCUACGACACCAUUCGGUCCAGCUUUAAGCCGGGCUUGGAGGCCAAACUCCACGGGCUGCCCCAGGUGAUCAGCGCAGCCGAGGUGUACGAGCAGGCGAGGGGGGCUUCCAUCCCUUACCCCGAAAGGCAGAAGCGGGCGCGCUCCAUGAUCAUCCUGCAGGACUCCUCCCACAUCCCUGUGGAACCCACCGACAUCCCCCGCCCCGGUCCCUCCGCCACCCCCCCUGAGAAGCUGAAGCGGAAAGGGCGCGUGGUGGACAACCCUUACACCAACAUGGGGCCGUUCAGCGUCAGCCUCUUUGCCCCCACCAAGCCUCAGCGGAAGAAGAGCCCGCUGGUGAAGCAGCUGCAGGUGGAGGAUGCCCAGGAGCGGGCGGCACUGUCUAUCACAGGGAGCUUCGUGCGGGAGCCCUCCCCCACCCGGCGCAGCCACCGCCUCAGCGGGAUGGAGCUCCCUUCGCAGCAGGCGGAUGCCGCCAGCCUCCCCUUCGCCACUGCCAUCGCCGGGGUCAUGAAGGAGCGUCGCCUCGAUGAAAAGCGGAAAUCCACUGUCUUCCUCUCGGUCGGGGCCAUUGAAGGGAGCCCCCCCACCAUCGAGAUGCCAUCUUUGCAGCAGUCGAGGUCCAUCGACGAGCGGCUGCUAGGGAACCGGGACAUCCUUCUGCCUUCGCCCGUCUCAGCUUUAAAGCCAUUGAUCAGCAGCUCCUCCUCCACAUUCAUCCACCCCCUCACAGGGAAGCCCCUGGACCCCAGCUCGCCCCUGGCGCUUGCGCUGGCCGCACGGGAGCGGGCCCUGUCCACCCAGGUCCCCUCCAGAGUGCCCACCCCCACCCACAGCCCAGACUCGGAGCGCUCAGCACCCCUGUUUGUUGACAUCCAAACCAAAGAACACGAGAGGGGGAAGUUAGAGAGAGUAGUGGGCCUCGUUUCACCUGUGUAUUCACCUGGAGCCAAGGCACCAACACCAGGCACUUUGACUCCGACGCAGAGCCACUGGGGGAUGCCGACAGGCGCGAGGAAAGAGGGCGAGGCUCCCGCGAAAGAGGAGAAGAAAACCGAAGAGAAGAAAUCCAUGAUCAUCAGCAUAGUGGACACGUCACAGCAGAAGACAGCCGGCCUCAUCAUGGUGCACGCGACAAGCAAUGGCCAGGAUCUCGGGCUGGAGAUGGAGGAGGAGAAGCCACCGGUCUCCGAGGCAGGUCCAGAGCCAGCGGAGGUGUCCCUGGCUGAGGCCCAGCCCAGUGCUGUGGGGAUGGCGCCCGUCAGCCCAGCCUCUGACAAGACUCUGGGGCAAGGCAGUUCAGAAGAGGAAGUGGAGCCCUACACCGUCACCCUGCCACCUGCUCAGCUGUCUUCAAGCGAUGAGGAGACCAGGGAGGAGCUGGCCAGGAUUGGUCUCGUGCCUCCCCCAGACGAGUUUGCAAACGGAGUCCUGGUCACCACCCCUGGCACACCUAUCAGCCAGCUGGCUGCCCCAGCAGCUGCCACGCCAUCCAUACCAGCGGCAGCAGUAGCACCUUCUACCACUGGUGGAACACCCUCAGGGAAGCCCUCUGAUGCCCCCACGGCCCCAGAGUCUGCUGCGGACUCAGGAGUGGAAGAGGUGGACACCAGAAGUUCAAGCGACCACCACCUGGAGACCACAAGCACCAUCUCCACCGUCUCCAGCAUGUCCACGCUGUCCUCCGAGAGCGGGGAGCCCACCGACACGUACACUUCCUUUGCGGAUGGACAAACUUUUAUACUAGAGAAGCCGCCAGUGCCUCCAAAGCCGAAACUCAAGUCCCAGCUCAGCAAGGGGCCGGUUACUUUCAGGGACCCACUUUUGAAGCAGUCUUCGGACAGCGAGCUCAUCUCCCAGCAACACGCGGCCAUUCUGGCUCCCGCCAGCGUUGGCCGGCCACGCUACCUCUUUCAGCGAAGGUCCAAGCUGUGGGGAGACCCCCUGGACAGCAGGCCGACGCACGGGGCUGAGGACGACAAGCCAACUGUGAUCAGCGAGCUCAGCUCCCGGCUGCAGCAGCUGAACAAGGACACGCGCUCCCUGGGGGAGGAGCCCGCUGGGAGCGUCUUAGACCCUGGGAAAAAGUCCCCGGUGGUGGCAGCACGACUUUUCAGUAGUUUAGGAGAACUGAGCACCAUUUCCCAGCGCAGCGCCGGCACCACCUACACAGUGCGUCCUGGCAGCCGCUACCCUGUGACCCGCCGCACUCCCAGUCCGGUAAAGCCUGCCCUGGAUAGGACAGACCCACUGAGCACCAUGCGGCCCUACGGGCUCACCCCGCCCACCAUCCUCAAAUCUUCCAGCCUUUCCAUCCCGCACGAACCUAAGGAGGUGCGCUUUGUGGUGAGGAGUGUGAGCGCUCGGAGCCGCUCCCCGUCACCCUCGCCCUCCUCGGGGGGGCCCUUGCACGCCCUCCACCCACCUCGGCCCUUCAUGCAGAAGCCCCUCCAGCUGUGGAACAAGUAUGAUGUUGGGGACUGGCUGGAGAGCAUUAACCUGGUGGAGCACCGAGACAAAUUUGAGGACAACGAUAUUGAGGGCACCCACCUGCCAGCUCUGACUAAGGAGGAUUUUGUGGAGCUGGGGGUGACGCGGGUUGGACACCGCAUGAACAUUGAGCGGGCACUCAAACAGCUGGUAGACAGCUGACCAUCCCGGGCAGUGCUGGCCCUCUCUCCGGGGGCCAUCUCCCUAGAGGGUGGGUGGGCUGGGGGGGCCUUUCUACUAGAGGAGUAAACAGGAACCAAUGGGAGUCGCUUUCUACUCUGACCACUGCACUGAAGGGUGGGGAGCUGGCAAGGACAGACUCUCUCUUUCCCUCUCUCACCCAUGCAGAGCCUCUGGGCUCCCAGGCAUCCACGGAACUGGAGCCACAAUGCCCUGGGGGAACAGGGAUGUUGCAUGAAGACACAGACCCCUUUGUCUUUGGGGGGGUGAGUCUGGGCCUGUAUAUCACUUGAUGUGCCCUUCCCCAAGAGUUCACUGCAGGACAGGUGGUUCUGGGGCAGGGGGGUGCUCCCUAAUACAUUUAUACCACCUGUGAGGAGUACAUUGGCAGAGAGGCUCAGAUAGUAGGCAGGUGGCACCAAAGAGGAGGAGGAGGAAGAAGGAUAGUUAACAGGCCAGGGACCAAUCCGUUUAGGGUCACUGACUUGGGGGUGGGGUUGGUUGUGUCCCAGCAGAGCUCUUAGCUAACAGUGACUGUCCAUUGUGGCUCCUGGACGCCAAGCGGUUGGUGUUGCAUUAGCCUUUCAGAAGGUCAAAUGCUGGCCCGGGGCAGCUUCAGAAAGGGACCGAGCCCACUGCCAGUGGGCCAAGCAGCUGUCUGGCUAGGUGUGCGUCCUGCAGGUAGCUGUAGAGCAGCAUCAGAUGCUUCCUGGUCUGGCGGACUGAUCCCCAGGGAUCCCCGAGAAAGUCAGCAGAGUGUCAGAGGUCUUCCUGGACAGCAGCUUUGAGAGAGGAUGUGGCUUGGGCAUUGCACUGCCCACCAGUAGUGCUGUUGGUGAGGUCAGAAAAGGAAACCCUUGUCCUCAUAGGCUAGUCAGCAGGCCUGACUCCCCACCCCCUAACAUAUCCCAACCCUGCCCCCCAAGAGGAUCAUCUCAUUGCCAGGAAGACAAGAAGACCGAUGUGCCUGGGGGGUGAGAGAGAGAGAGAGAGAGAGAGAGAAACAUGCACACACACAAGGAGAAGGAGUUGCCUUUUGGAGGACUGGUGUUCCUUCCCCCUGGCGAGAGGGGGACUGAAGUCGCAUGGAUAGAAGCAUGUUUGGGGGCAUCGAGGGGAGGCAAGUGGCGAAUCCAGCAGCUUCUGCUUUGCCAACGUUCAUGGGGGAGGGGGGAGGUUGCGUUUUCUCUGGGGUCGUGGGACGCAUCGAAGGAGUCUAUAAUCUCUGUGCAUUUUUGUAGAUCUGCUGGCGAGCCAAACGAGAAGGAGCCAGCACCAGGGAUCCCACCCACUCCGUCCUAGUCACUCAUUUUUGCAUCUUUUUAAUCAGCUAUAUAUUUGAAAAGGGGAAAAAAAGAAAUAUCUAUAUAUCUAUAUCUAUAGCCACCUUGUUUUGUUAUGGUUUACUGAAGCUAUUAUCUUGCUAGGGGGGGGGCUCUCUGCUCCCUCCUGCAACGCUUGUGGGAGUUUUUAGUGACUGACAAUGAAUGUGGAAAAAAGAGUGUUUUUAAAGCUCCUUUCAGAUGCUCUGGAUUUUAAAGAAUUGUGGGGGGAGGGCAAAAAAGACAGUGUUGCACUUGGUUUUGGGGGCAUGCCAAGUCUUCCAUUCUUGCUGGGGCAGAGCUGCAGGGCAGGCCUGGCCAGAGGGAGAAGACCCCUCUCCUCAAAAGCUCUUCCCUUGCCCCUGCCAAUUGAUGCUUUUUUUGGGGGGGGGGAGAGAAACCGGCUAAUGCCCAGCACCUCCUUCAGAAUUCUAUGGAAACCCAAGCUGUGCAGAGGAACGGAGUCGACGGUGGAGCUGAUCCACUGGGAGAGCCAAGCCCCUGUCCCAAAUCCAGGCCCAAUUCCUCAGGGAGGCAGGACAAGGGGCCCUUCUGAACUGGGUCCAUGUGUGUGUGGGGUUGUACAGCUAGAGGCAUGCUGGCCACCUGGAGACUGCACCAAAUCUUGAGCUGGUCUCCAGUUCACUAGCCAAAGUGGCAAGCCAGGGAGUUGGCACAGCUGAAAUGAGGGAUUGUUGCCCCCCCCCCAGUUGUGCAACAUUGUGCCUCUGUUUUUGCGAUCACCAGGUCCGGUGCUAAUUGCACAGCCAGUGGCCCAGCCGUUCCCACCUGGAUGCAGCCUUUGAAGUGAAGCUGCCUUUCUCUGGCCGGCUGAGCUUGGAGGGCAGCCCGCAUCUUCCCCUCCCAGCAUGUUUGACCACACACUUUCCAGCCCGCCUUCCCUCUCUGGGGCCUAGAAAGAUGCUGCGGGAGGGAGAGCUCUUUGGUAUAAGGACAGGGAAAGACCCUCCUGCAGAGCUCAGAGAUAGUCUGGCUUCGCCUGAGCGCCGAAUCUUGUUACCAUCCCACCAUGGCUGCAUUUGGGUCCUUUUCAACUCCAUGUACCAAUUUGCCCAGUCCAUGCAAGAAUGGUUGGUAAUGUUCCCUCUCCAAAGAGGCUGUAGGGCUUUGGGAAGGAGUGUGCCCCCAGGGUACGCUUCCUCUGUAAAAGGCAUUAAUUCUUCUGGUGCUAGAGGGGAGGAAGGUGGAAAUCCUCGCCAACCCUCACACAUCUCUGGACUUUUCCAUGUGUAUUUCAAAGAAGAAAUUAGCAGGGCUGGCAACAGACAGUGUCCCCACCCCAGAAUAUCCAUGCUUUCGAAUUGCUCCUGCUGGGUGAUGGAGGUCUUGCUUUCCCAAGUUUCCUCCCAGUAGUUGGAACUGAGGGUUUGAUCACUCGCCCGCUCAUCUUUCAGGCCAGGGAGCUGCCGGCUGUAAUUAAAGACUUUCCUAGUAAAAGGCACGGCCAAGUAGAAUUGUUAAUUUCUGAUUGUGUGGGGAGGAAGGGAUGUGUGUAAUUAAAUCUCAACAUCAGGAAGGAGCUCAACAGAUUCUUUGCACCUCUGUGCAAACGGAGCUGAAAAGCACAGGCACCCCUUCUAAGCCAAUUGGCUGCCAAGGCUACCUGCAGUUGCCCAGAGGAGACAUUUGGCUCACCUGAAUGGGCAGUGUGUGUAUGGCCUGGUUUAGUUCUCUUGCGCACAUACCUUUUCACAAUAGUAAGAAGUUAGGCAGAUAGAACAAUUGCGUUCCAGCCAACAUGUCAGACCUUCUUUCAAAACCAAAUGAAUCCCAAUGUGGCAAUGGAAUACAUCAAAGCAAACACAAGUUUAAGUCAACACAGGUGUUCUUGUCUCAAAAGUAUGUGUGUGCUUUCAUGUGUUGGCCGUAUCUACACAUUUUACUUUUUCACCUCUGAUUCUUAAAUACCAUAUUUCGAAACGGUGAAAGUAAAAUGAAUUGCCCUAAUAUAUUUGUACUCUUUGAUCUUGACACAUGCUGUGAACCAAAUCAUGCCCUCCACUACCCAUAGCAUUGUCUGUGCACAGAACCCAUCUUUGCACAUCAUGCUGCAUCAGCCUAGUGUUAAAUAGUCAUAUGUUUACAGCCCCAUCGUCUGCAUAAAUACUCAGUCCCCCUGCGUUCAUUAGGACUUACUCCCCCGGUGUGUUUAGGAUUGUAGACUUAGUCAGGUACCAGUUUCUCCUUUUCAGACAGCAGCACAUAGCGGUACCAAAUGCAAAAAAAAAAGCAUCACUCGGCACUGAAACCUCGUGGGCUGGUAUCAACCCUCCAGCCUCAAAAACACCUGGUCAAUGUUGCAGUCUCUGACAAACCGUAAUCUGGCAACUGACCUCAUACUUUGUUUUUUAAUUUUCACCUGCCUGUCUCCAAACUUUUUAACAGGCCUGAGACGGGUUGCAAACUAAGAAAUGAAAGUGCAGCACACACUGAACUAUAAACCAAUGGAAAAUUUAACAAAUUAAAAUUACAUUUCACAUUGAUCCAAGACACGCCCGACCUCACCUCUAAUGCUGCUAAAAUCUGGAGAAGUCAUGUUGCUGUUGUUGAGAAUCCAAUGUGAUGCUCAUAAAGCACCCUUCCCCAACCUAGUGUACCCCCAGAGGUUUUGGACAACACCACCCAUCAGUCCUAGCAUCCUACAGCUGUGCUGGCUGGGGCUCAAUAUCUGGAGGGCAGCAUCAGGCUGGAGAAGGCUGCCAUCAAGCACAAGCAUCCUCUGUGAUCCAGCAUCCCAUUGUCAUGCACUGCUCUCUGAUGUUAGCUUCCUAGCUUUAACGGUCGCUCCAACAUACCAUGUUGUGUCAUAUUGGUAUUACAAGUUGGUACCAUUCAGUGGCCAUUAGCUAUCCUCUGACACCCAGCUGUGGAAGUAGCAUCACCUGAAAAAGGCAAAUUCCAUGCUAGCGAUAAUUAGGAAAGGUAUUGAAAAUAAAACAGCCGAUAUCAUAAUGCCGUUGUAUAAAUCUAUGGUGCGGCCGCAUUUGGAAUACUGUGUACAGUUCUGGUCGCCUCAUCUCAAAAAGGAUAUUAUAGAGUUGGAAAAGGUUCAGAAGAGGGCAACCAGAAUGAUCAAGGGGAUGGAGCGACUCCCUUACGAGAAAAGGUUGCAGCAUUUGGGGCUUUUUAGUUUAGAGAAAAGGCGGGUCAGAGGAGACAUGAUAGAAGUGUAUAAAAUUAUGCAUGGCACUGAGAAAGUGGAUAGAGAAAAGUUCUUCUCCCUCUCUCAUAAUACUAGAACUCGUGGACAUUCAAAGAAGCUGAAUGUUGGAAGAUUCAGGACAGACAAAAGGAAGUACUUCUUUACUCAGCGCAUAGUUGAACUAUGGAACUUGCUCCCACAAGAUGCAGUAAUGGCCACCAGCUUGGACGGCUUUAAAAGAAGAUUAGACAAAUUCAUGGAGGACAGGGCUAUCAAUGGCUACUAGCCAUGAUGGCUGUGCUCUGCCACCCUAGUCAGAGGCAGCAUGCUUCUGAAAACCAGUUGCCGGAAGCCUCAGGAGGGGAGAGUGUUCUUGCACUCGGGUCCUGCUUGCGGGCUUCCCCCAGGCACCUGGUUG